CGCAGCCGGCUGUCAACGAACUGUCAAAACCGGCGAACGUAAACAAAAACACGCGGCCGCCGCAUGUUUUUUUCCGCGAUUUUCGCAGCCAAGUUUGAGAAACUUUCCGUAAAACGUGUAUAAAAUGCCCGAAAAAGAGGAACAGCAAGUGGAAACCGUAAGCAGGAUGGAUGAGGAGGAGUACGAUCCUUCUGUACACAACGGACUGGUCGACAAAAUCCACUCAAUCGCCGGAGCGCACUACAUCCGAGAUGUAACGCGCACCGAACCCUCCGUAAAGGUGACGGAGUUUGGUUUGUCCAAAAAGAAAGAAGAUGGGGUGCGGUUGGCAGAUCUACGAAAGUUCAUCAAGAAAACCAAAAAACACCCCGCUGUGGUUCAGCAGCUGAGCCGGUUGUCCGGCCGCCGGCCACUAAAUCAACCGCUGGAAAAGAUAAUCUCGGAAAAGAUUGAGCGGAAGGCUGGCUUCGUGAAGGUACAGCACGAACUUUCGGCCUGGGAACCGGUCGUGACGGCCACGGAGAUUGCACCACAGACCGUGUUUCCGCUGCAGUAUGGUAACCUGGACGUGCUGAACGAGCCACCGAAGAAGGCCAGCGAGUAUCGCGUGAAAACGAAGCUAAUGGAAGCGAUGGAAGAGCUGGAUCGCAAGUACGGUGGCGAGGCGAACGGUGAACAAUCGGACGAUGACGACGAAGGUCCGGAUUACGCGAUGACGCUCGAGGAGAUGCGCCAGCAGCAGCGAGAACGGGCACGGCAAAAGAUUCGCGAAUCGUAUCGCAUUGCCAAGGGGCGUCGGAUGAACAAGAUUAAAAGUAAAACAUACCACCGGCUGCUGAAGCGUGACAAGCUACGCCAGCAGAUGAAGGAGUUUGAGGAACUGCGCGAGAAGGAUCCGGAAGCGGCACUUGCCCAGCUCGACCGGAUCGAGAAGCAGCGGUUCGAGGAACGUGCCACGCUGCGACACAAAAACACGGGAACCUGGGCGAAGAAUUUGCAGGUUCGCGCCAAGUACAACAUGGACGUACGGAGAGAGCUGGCCGAUCAGCUCGCCAUCGGUCGUGAGCUAACGGCUAGGAGGUUGCAGGAAGAUGUGAGCAGCUCGGACUCUGAUGUUGAGCUUGAGGUCGUUACCGCGGAACGCGAGAAUCCCUGGACACAGCAGCAGCAGCCAAAGGGUGAAUAUGAACAGGCGGCAAAUCAGCAGAAAACUCUCACCAGUGGCUACCGAAAGUACUGGGAGGAACGUAAUCGUGUGCAGGAUGCCAAGAAACAAAUGCAGGCCGACGAUGAACAGCAGGAUGAGGAAGAAGAAGGCUCGGACGAUGAAGAAGAGAGUUGCAGCAUUGAAGAGUUCAAAAAGAAGCUUGAAACAAAUGGUACUAGAAAGCAGAAGAAAUCGAAGAAGAACCAGAAGCUCGCUUCGACGAAUAAUGGUUGGCAAGUAGAGGAUGCCGAAAAUGGCAAAGAAUCUACCGAGGAAGAUGAAGACACGGAUGAUGAGGCGGUCACGACGAAGAAACGGAAGACGAACCAAGCCUCUGUCGAGGAUCUGUUCGACGAAGCGGAGCAAAUGAUCGAAGGCGCUAUCAAGGGCAAGCUGAAGCGAGUGAAAGCUAAAGCCACGGAAGCCAAGAACACCAGGAAGACAGCUAAAAGUGCUCCAAAACAGAAACAGAAACCCCGUGCAAAAACGACUGAUAGUGGGUUAGCUUUCAAGAAGAAACCACGGUUAGCCGAUGCAGACAUUGAACUGAACGAAUCGGCCCCAGGAGCUGUGAAGGAUAAUCCUGCGCCAUUCGUCGUUUCCGCUCUCAAUGGUACUUCAGCACUUCCCACGGCCGCGGCCGACAUUAACCCGAAGCAGGUGGUACAGAUGAAACCGAAGCAUCUGCUCACGGCCCUUCCGGACGCAGUGGCUACCGGUGAGCUGUCGGGCGAUGAAGAUCCCGAGGAGUUCGGUGCCAAUCGUCAGCGUUUAACGAUCGCGGAAGCGUUUGAAGAUGAUGACAUUGUGGCGGACUUUGUGAAGGAGAAACAGGACGAGCGAGAGAAGAACCUGCCGCAGGAGAUCGACAAUACGCUGCCCGGUUGGGGCUCGUGGGCUGGGCCAGGGGUUAAAAAGAAAAAGCGAGCCCAAAAGGUGCGCAAGAUCUUUAAACCACCGACCGAGUUGCCACGGCGUGACGAUAACAAGGAUCAAGUGAUCAUCAAUGAGGAUGGGCUGGUGAAUGAGAAGCUGAAGAAGCACCUGCUUAACGAGGUUCCAUUCCCGUUCGUGACGGUAAAGGACUUUGAGGCAUCACUGAGGGCACCGAUUGGCCGCACGUUCAUCCCGGAAUCGGCCCAUACGGCCAUGAUCGAACCGAGUGUCAUUACCAAGAAGGGUGUGGUUAUUGAACCAAUGAAGAAGGAAAUGCUGCUCCAAGAUCCGAAUCAGGUGUUGAGCUUUGGCAGGAAGAAGGCCAACGGUGCGACUGAAAAGUAUCGGCAGUUUGCCAACAAGUAUGUAAAUGGUACGAAUGGUGGUCAGAAGGGCGGAAAGGGUGACCAUAAGAGUGGAAAGGCUGGUCAACGGAAUGAAAAAGGUCGUCAGCGGGGUGGAAAGAAAUGAAAUGUUGUUUAAAAGGAGAAGAUAUUAAACUGAAUAAAGGGAUAUUUUAUUCUGAAUGUAUACUCGUUCAAUAAAUGUGCCGAGAAAGAAAGUUAUCACAUUUUCAGAUAAACUAAUUGCUUCAAUGUGUUUUCUCGACCUUUAAUGCAAGGUAUACUUACCUUCCUCGUUGCUUUAAGCUCGUAUUGGAAAUUGAAGGAAAUAAAUGGAACUUUUGUGGGGUUUUUAUUGACAAGCCUACGCAUCAAACAAAGUAAAAUUAUUAUUAUUCCACCCCAACAUCAUUAGCGCCAGAGGUAUUUGUCCGGACCAUCUGCUCUGGUGAUGGAUUAAAUCUUUGGUUCAUAAUCCGCCACAUCUUCAUUCAGCCAUGUUCGUUGGUAUUUUCCGGUACCACGCCUAGAUUAUCCGCUCCGAAGGCCGUCGCCGGUGGAAACUCUUCGGCUGGCAUCGGACGAUCCGGGACCGGCGUAAUGUCCUGAGAG